UAGUAAAUCUGUGCGAACCCAAAUCUAUCCCUCAGAUUUUUCAUAGCUAAUUGGGUUGGCCUUCGAUUUCAGUGCUAAAAAUUAUCUAUAAAUUAUUUGACGUCAUUCAUUUCUCCUCCAAAUUACUACUUCUCUUUUGUUUGAGAGCAAUAUCCAACUCUACAGUACUAAUGUUGGCCGUAGAAGAGAUUCUGUGUGAGCUGAUGGGAGAAGAUCAAGGGUUGCCUCCGGGCUUCCGAUUUCAUCCCACAGAUGAAGAGCUCAUCACCUUUUAUUUAGCUUCUAAGGUCUUUAACGGCACCUUUUGCGGUGUCGAUAUCGCUGAGGUUGAUCUUAACAGAUGUGAGCCCUGGGAGCUUCCAGAUGUGGCAAAGAUGGGAGAAAGAGAGUGGUACUUCUUCAGCUUGAGAGACAGGAAGUACCCAACAGGACUAAGAACGAACAGAGCCACCGGAGCUGGCUACUGGAAAGCUACCGGCAAAGAUAGGGAAGUUUACAGUGCUUCGAACGGCGCUUUGCUCGGAAUGAAAAAGACUCUUGUUUUUUACAGAGGCAGAGCUCCGAGAGGUGAGAAGACGAAGUGGGUCAUGCAUGAGUACCGUCUGGAUGGCGAUUUCUCCUACCGCCACACGUGUAAGGAGGAAUGGGUGAUUUGCAGAAUAUUCAACAAAACUGUAGAAAAGAAAAAUGCAUUUUGGCAAGGUCAAGGCUUUCUCUGGGAGGCCAACUCUAAUUCUUUGCCUUCACUGCUUGAAGCUCCAUCCACAUUAAUGGAAUGUCAAUCUGAUCAUGGACUGCAAAACCCAUUUAACCCAUUUCAAGAACAUGACCUAAAAAGUUUACUGGUCAGCCCACUAGUUUCACAAUCUCAUCACAUAAACAGCCCGUCACCAUCGAUGCUCUUCAAGUCUCUCCUCUCGCAUCAAGAUAGCACUUUGAAGGAACAUUCUACUAUUAUCAAACAGUGCAAAACAGAAGCAAACUUUUCAAAUUUUCAACUACCAGAUGCUAACUUCAACUGGGUGCUCGAUAAAAUUAAUGAUCAUCAUCAAGACCCAUUUCAAAGUCCCUUGUCUUUUGGUAUGGAUUGCAACGUUUUGGGGGUCACAGCAGCUGCAGCUGCGACAAAUUCAGACAUUACUGCUCAUGAGAUGUCCACUUCAGUUAGUCUCAACAGGGCCGGCUUUCAGAUGACAGACUCCCUGCAGAAUCUUGGCCAUUAGAUUCUUAAAAGAUCUUAUUCAAGUAUUAAAUCAACUAUUGAUCAUAGUUUUUCAUACAUAUUUAUAUAUAUAGCAGUCUGUAGAUUAAUUUAGUACGUUACGUACGUUGCAGCAGUUUGUCUGAAUUAUUAUGUAUUAAUCGUUGCAUUUAAUUACAUUAACAUAAGGCUUUCGUAUCAA